UUCCUGUCCAUCAUUGGAUGAGGAGAAAGAGAGAGCGCGAAAGAGAGAGGAUGUCUCUCUCAGAUUGGCACCUGGCGGUGAAACUGGCGGACCAGCCACUUGCCCCAAAGUCUAUUCUUCGUUUGCCCGAGACAGAGCUGGGAGAGUCCUCGCUGGGGGGCUAUAGUAUUUCAUUUCUGAAGCAGCUCAUUGCUGGCCAACUCCAGGAAUCAGUUCCGGACCCGGAGCUGAUUGAUCUGAUCUACUGUGGCCGGAAGCUGAAAGAUGACCAGACCCUGGACUUCUAUGGCAUUCAGCCUGGAUCCACAGUCUAUGUUCUACGCAAGUCCUGGCCCGAGCCCGACCAGAAACCAGAACCUGUGGACAAAGUGGCCGCCCUGAGGGAGUUCCGGGUCCUGCACACUGCCCUGCACAGCAGCUCCUCCUACAGGGAGGCGGUCUUUAAGAUGCUCAGCAAUAAGGAAUCUUUGGAUCAGAUCAUUGUGGCCACCCCAGGCCUCAGCAGUGACCCCAUUGCUCUUGGGGUUCUCCAGGACAAGGACCUCUUCUCUGUCUUCGCUGAUCCCAACAUGCUUGAUACGUUGGUACCUGCUCACCCAGCCCUAGUCAAUGCCAUUGUCCUGGUUCUGCACUCGGUGGCAGGCAGCACUCCACUACCGGGGACUGAGUCCUCUUCCCGAAGCAUGCCCUCCAGCUCGUACCGGGACAUGCCAGGUGGCUUCCUGUUUGAGGGGCUCUCUGAUGAAGAGGAUGACUUUCACCCAAGCACCAGGUCCACGCCCUCUAGCAGCACACCCAGCUCCCGCCCAGCCUCCCUGGGGUACAGUGGAGCUGCCGGACCCAGGCCCAUCACCCAGAGCGAACUGGCCACCGCCCUGGCCCUGGCCAGCACUCCUGAGAGCAGCUCUCACACCCCCACCCCUGGCACCCAGGGCCAUUCGUCAGGGACCUCCCCAAUGUCCUCCGGCAUGCAGUCAGGGACUCCCAUCACCAAUGAUCUCUUCAGCCAAGCCCUGCAGCAUGCCCUACAGGCCUCUGGACAGCCCAGCCUGCAGGGAGCCUGAGGGCAGCGUCGUUUCUGGAACGCGUUCAGGGUCAGUAAGCCAGUGCGUGGUAGAGAUGGGGGUCAAGCCUUGUGGCUCUGUGUACCCCAUAUGGCCCCCAUGGACAGUGAGGGGGCGGGAGCAGGACCCGUGGACGGCUUGUCUUUUCUGCUCCUCUAUGUCCCCAGCUAGGAGCCUGCCUGUUCCCCCUGCUGUACAGGUCAGGAGCUUUCCCUCACUCCACCUGGCCUGUAAACUGAGUCCCAGUUGGUUCGUGUGGUUUUUCCAGCCCGCCCCAGCCUCACCCUUGCCGCUUGCCUCUGUGCAUUUGCCUCCUUCCCACUGCCUUCCCCUCCCACAGUGUGAACACAUGACUCCAUAAGUUGUGCACUUACCUCCUUCCUGAGAGAGAGGUAUUAAUGAAGCUUUGAAUGUACUAAGAGAAAAUGUGGGUUAAGUUCUUUAAACCCUGCCAGUUGAAAAGGCCUUUUAUAACUGAAAUUCAAAAUCCAGGAGCCAUUAUAUAACGAGCAAUGCAUUUUGAGUUCAUAAAAGUGAAAAUUUAUGCUUACCAAACCAAACAAAAAAAAUCAGGCAAAGUCUGCAUGCUAACAACAAACUGGGAAAAAAUCUGUAACAUAUCAGACCACGGGAAAAACGUCCCUAAUGUAGAGGUUUUAGUAACUUAGGACCAACAACUCCAUAGAAAUAUGAGCGCAGGCCAUGAACAGACUAUUCAUGGAAAGGAAGUACAGAUGGCCCCUAAGCCAUGUAAUUCCUCAGUCCCACUUCUCGGAAUUUAUCCUGGAGAUGUAUAUGUGUGAAGAAAGUGACAUUUGUACAGUCAGUUCCUGCAGCGUUGUUCCAACAGCAAAAGAUUGAAAAUAGCCCAAUUAUGGUACAUUUCAGGACUUCCCCUUGUUGGAAUAUUACAUGGUUAUUAAAAAUGUCUUUAUGUCCUGGCAUAGAUAGAUCUCCAGGAUGCACUGAGCAUGUUAAAAAAAGAAGAGAGGGGUGGAUAUAGACGGGAAUAAGGAAAAGGUAAAGAUAGGAGUACGUGUGUGUCUCGGAAUGAAGUCGGUUAUCUGGGGUGAGGAUGAGAGUGGAUGAAAGGAAGACUCUCCACUAUUUGUUAUGCUAAAAAACAAAACUAACAUUAAAAUUUAUCCCUCUCGCCCCUUUUGUGUGUGUAUGUCUGUACAUAUAGC